AUGCCCGGGGUUUGCGCGCUCCGCCGCAACCAGUACUACCCCGAGAACCCCCACGAACUGCAACGCAUGCACCAAAACCAACAGAAAGCACUCAACACGUCCAACGACCCCACCCGCGAAGCAAACCCCAAACACGCAACGCACCACCCCAAACCCACGCCGACGGGAGACAGCGGCGCCCACACGACCAAGACGCCGCAACAAAACCACCAACCCAUCCCCCACCUGUCCAACCAGCACAACAACGACAAGGCAGCGCACAGGCACAAGACGCACGAGCAACUGCACCACUCCACGCAAAUCAAAAACAACAACCCGCCCGAACCCAGCGCACACCACAGGCAACAAACGACCAACCCCGAAGACCGACACCCCGACCCCAAGCCCAUACACGACACGGAAAAACACAAAGCCGCACGAGAAACGCUCACCAACAUCAACGUCGAACGCAACGAAGGGACCCACCAAGACGAGCACCGCGACAACAACCAGCCGCUGCCCGCCAACAUCCUCAACGACAAGAUGACCACCCACAACGACAACCCCAGCGCCAACCACAACCAACAGCACCGACGCAACACGAACCAGGACAUCAACGGAGAGCCAGAUCAAGAAAAAAUAGUAGACGCUCGAGACCAGAUCUCCCCGCAAGUCCACCUCCAAGCCACCGCCGGCACGCAAGAACAGAAAACCCAGACCCCACACGCCCAAGCAGCGAGCCCAAAACAAUAG